AAUAUCUCCUAACGCGCCGGGACCCUACCCCUUGGGUGGUGUGGAAACUUGGGUCACGUUGCAACAAGGACAAACGCACGUGUGGUGGGGGGUACGCUGCGCUUGCAUAUAAGCGACUGCUGCGAAUGUAUCCAGCAUUGUGCAAUCAUGUACAGUUGCAGGCACCUUGUGUUGGCGUUUUCCGUGGGAGUUAUGACUGUGUCUACGGCCUUGAUAGCGAUUCUCUGCAGAGCACGCCUGCCUCCCGGAGUCGGCUACACUCGCUUGAUGCUGAUACUGGUGGGCCUUCUUAUCGUUGCAGCACCCCUCGUUGCUGGUGACGACGACGGACCGCCUCCGCGGAAAGCCCCUCGAUUGGUGGGCAACGACGAUGACCCCCGGCCCGAUCCCCACCCCGAGGUCCAGGACUCCCCAUUGUCGCCUGACCCUGAUGACAGUGUGGAGGAGUAUGACUCGGAUGCCACCGUGGAGAACCUGAUACCCGGUUCUCCUGACCCGUGGGCUUUUGGACCGAGGCCAAGGCAGAGGCCUCUCAAUGACACAGCGGUUGAGGACCUUCUGCUGGGACCCUGGGAAGUGUUGGAGGCUGCCAUCACGGGUAUGCCUCUACCACCGUCUCCAUCACCGCCCCGGGCCGCAGCCCGCAGGCUCCCUCUCCAGACGAUGCCGCUUCCUCGGCCGCGGCGACUUCCGAGGAUAAGUAUCGCCCCGGCCCAGGCCCCCUCGACGUCCCGGUCCUCUGGUGGGUCCAACGUAGCGACCGUCGCCCCGGCCCCCUCGACGUCCCGGUCCUCUGCUGGGCCCAAUGUCGACUCGACCCAACCCUCUACCUCAACGGGUCGAACCGGCGCUUGUAGAAGGCCUCCUACAGCUGCAUCAGGAGUAGAUGUGGCACGGCAGAGGUUACGGGAACUGGUGCUGGACCAUUUCCUUCAAGUAUUUGUUUCGCCGGCGCACGCUCCCGUGGCGUGCACUGUGGGGGCGUUGGUUGCGAUGUCCACCCUGAGGGCCGAGCUCAGGGAUAUGCUCUGGCUCGUCGACCAUCUUCUCGACGAGACGCCCCGUGACCAGAGCCUCGUGAUAGCGUACGCGCUUUGGAGGGAAGUGCGCUCGUCGUUGGAGGGUCUGCUCAUCGGCAUCGGCGAGAGCAUGGAGUCGGCGGCCUCGAGGGAUCCCUACGACAUCGACCCUGAGGAACCGGAACCGUCGCCCCCGGCUAGGCACGUUCGCUGCUGUGUCUGUAUGGACAGAUUGCCGACGGUAGGGUUGAGGCCUUGUGGACACACUCUGUGCCCACAAUGUGCCCAUAGGCUCUUACGUUGUCCAAUCUGUCGGGUGAUCAUCCACGGGAGGAUGCCAUUGUUUUUUUCUUAAAAUUUUUAAAAUAAACACGUUUUUUUGCUA